UGAGCAUUGGGCGCAUUCAGAGCUGUGGUGUUUUUUAUAGCAGAGGGGGGUUAGGCCAACUUAAUGUCGCAGUGAGGAUAGGAUACGUGAGUGUAACAAACAAAUCUGUAAUUGAGCAAAACUUGUACAACCUCUGGAACAUGCUAGACGUGUGAUGACAACGAUGACAACCGCCAUUUGUCUGUUUGUGCUCUACGUCAUCUCGCUCACUGAAGCCCAAAACAAGGGAGAGCUGACGCUCCACGCACGGGUUGUCUCCCCUUACUCGGCAGAAGUGAAAUGGAAAGAUGGCGGCAUGAGCGCUAAACUCAAACCCAGACGUGAGGUCACGCUACGGUACAGGUCGGCCAACACCAACUACACGGAGGUCAAGUCAAGGUCAAGGAAAAUCAAAUUGUCUGGACUUGUGCCCAACUCCACCUACGAGCUGUCCGUCAAAGAUGACGACAGGUGGUCACGUGACUGGAGCGAUGCCAUUUACUUUACGACCUUGGCAUUACAUGAAGGUCAAGACUUGGUGAGAAACCUAACGGCUAGACCUGUAUCCGAUGAAAAUAUUGUGUUGUCGUGGAUACCGCCUGUACAAGAUGGCAGCAUUCAGGGCUAUACAAUCUUCUACAAGCGGGCUGGAUCCAGGCAACAUUUUCAUCAAGUGAACAUAUCAAGGGAGAUGACCGUCUAUGAGAUGACAAAACUCCGUCCUAAUCAACUUUACACUUUUAAAAUGCAGAGCAGGAAGACAGACGGCACAAACAGCUUCAGUACUGUGGUACAAGCUAAGACAUUUUCAAACGUCCAAGCGCCGAAAUCUUUGGAAGUUCUCGUCAUCGGUGAUAACCAAGUUCUUGUAAGAUGGCAGCCAUCUAUUCCCCUACCAAGAAAUACAAUUGGAUACACGAUACAACAUCAAUGUGGAAGGAAAAGGCGAGGGAAAAUGACAACAAUAUCUGUUGAAAAAGGAAAUACCAGCUACAUUCUUAAAGACAUUCGACUGAAUGAGACGUGUAGAGUACGUGUUGCAUCAAGAAUGGUUCAUGGAACUGGUCUUUACACCAAAUGGGAAUCAUUUUUUAUUUCUACUAUCAAUACUGAUGCCACGUUUUCUGACAGUUUUAGAUCCACUGUGGCACCAGCAGACCAGAGCAGCAUGUUUGAGGUCACUGACUUUAGUUUGAGCACCAGUGACAGCUACAGUAAGCCCUUGGAAGAUUUCCUGGGCUCCUCCUUACCUCCCUUUACUGCACCGCCUAGUGUAACACUACACCAAGCUUCCAAUGUCAGUCUUGGUGGUGAUGCCAACAUAACAUGCAAGGCUUCAGGUGUAGAGGCGCCAACAAUUGAAUGGUUCAUUGAAUCUGAUGAUGGAGAUCUUAGCCUUGUUCAGCAGGCUCCUAGUUCAGAAUUGAACUUUGCUGAGAAAGUGACCAUUGCCCAAGAAGUUACACAGGACGUUGUGACCUCAGUCUUGUUUUUAUACAACAUAACCAAGGCAGGGGACAGGGAGGUCAAGUGUGUGGCUAGAAACAUGGCAGGGACUGAUGAGGAGGUGUUACAGCUGGUCAUUGAUGAACCUCCAAAAAUUCAGUUUGCUGAGGGAAUGACAGUGGACAUGUACUCAAAUGCCCAGUUGAUCUGUGAAAUAUUGGGCAAAAAGAUAACUGAGGUGAAAUGGGUCCAUGUACCCUCCAACAUUGAGUACCAUCAGGGUGUUGAGAGCCAGACUGGAUUCUCCGUCAGAUCUGUGAGAGACGAGACGAGAUCUACGACAACUUUUGUUCUCUCCCUGCACAACACCAGCCUAGCACAUGAAGGUGCUUACAAAUGUGUAGCCAAAUCCUUGUCAGCAACAGAUGAGGCAUUUGUUACCUUGAGAGUCAAAGUGCCACCCCCACCUCCUGUGUAUAAAAUUCAAACAAUUGCCCUCUCACCCACAAGGAUUUCAGUCAGCUGGUUACCUCCACUAAACUACCCCUACAACAUCAACUAUUACCAGGUCAGCUACCGUGGGGUGAGGGAUAUUGAAGCAACACUUUUCAAUACAAGCAGAGUAGGGUCAGAGAUCUACAACCUUCAGCCUAACUCAAGCUAUUUAGUAGGAGUUACUGCUGGCACUCCAGAUGGUUUGGGUGAAGUUGGACCUCUUGUGGAAAUAACCACAUUAUCUAAUCAUGGGCUACAACCAAUCAAUUUAUCAGCAAUUAGAAUUAACUCUUCUAUGAUACAAUUAACCUGGGAGACCAAUGUAGCUCCAAUGUACAUACAAGGGUUUAAUAUUUACUACAGAAAUGAAGAUAGCUCUGCUGAGAAGAAACUUUUUACCAAGGAAAAUCGAAGGAACAGAUUUAAUUUGAAUUUGGACCAGAAAAAAAUGUACAUUGUGCGAGUCUCCACUCUGAUGACUUGGGACUUUGAGGCCAAUUCUAGUUGGAUUAUUAUACACUCCAGCUACAAUGAUUUUCCAAAAGCCAAUUUUAUAACAUCAGUCCCUGAAAUGGAGAAGCUAAAAGUUUCAGCUGAUUUAUCAGAAACAGGAAAAACUGAGAACAGAAAUCUACCCAAUACAUUGACACAUUCUAGACCAAACAUAAAAGGUGAAACUCUCUCCUACUUAAAUAAUGCCCCAAGUGUUGUCAAAAAUGUCCGAGCCACUCCCAUCUCACCCACUGAAAUCCAUGUUAGGUGGGAAGCUCCAGACACUGGUCAUGUGACCAAAUACAACAUAAAGUACUGGCGCCCUGGCUGGAAGGAAAAAUUUACUGAGUGGAUUCCCAAGCAUCGGUUGAAUUUUUUGGCAAAGGACUUGAUCAAAAAUAGCAACUAUAGAUUUGAGAUUCUGCCAUAUGCUGGGGAUGUUCAUGGUGAGGCUUUUGUCAUUUUUGCAAAAACAUUUGGUGAUAAACCUGAAGGACCACCCAAGAAUGUUCAGAUUAAAUCAUUGAACUCUUCUGCCUUACUGGCAUCCUGGCACCAUCCAGACCCAGACCAAACAAAUGGCCUAGUGAUUGGCUACAAGCUGGUGUUGAGAGAAAAGGAGGGGAACAAAGUUGCAGGCUACAGAGUGCCAAGACUGAGAACCAACUACACAUUUUUAAAUAUACCAACUACAAAGAUCUACAGCUUUAGAAUGGCAGCCAUGACAGUGAAUGGAACAGGAGUGUUUUCUCCUUGGAUUGAUUCAGUUCCACACAAUGAACCCACUAAACCCAGCCCACCUGAACAUCUGCUUGUUGUACCCAGUGAAAACUCUCUUAGAAUCCAAUGGAAGAGGCCAUCUCACAAAGGCUCUGCUUUACAGGGCUAUAUAGUUGGCUAUGGCCAGUUUAUUCCUGAAGUCUACAGACAAGUAGUUAGUGCAUCUCAAACAUCCUUCACACUUACAGGUUUAAAGGCUGAUUCUGAAUAUAUAGUCAGUGUGAGGUCCUUCAAUACCUAUGGGGAAAGCUUGCCUACAUUUAAUAUUUCUAGGACACAAAAAUUACCAUUUCAAGAGCCACCAUUACUAACACCUGUAAAAAUAAAAGUUGAAUCCAUGAGCCCAAAGUCACUAAAGCUAUCAUGGGUUGAUCCAUCUCUAUCACACAACACCAAAAUACAAGAUGGAAGAUCAUAUAUGAUUAGAUAUUCCUCAAUAUCUGGAGAAGCAUAUAGUUAUGUCAACACAAGUGCCCAGUCUUUGGUGCUAUCAGAUCUUGAGCCUGGGAGCUCUUAUGAAGUAUCAAUCAAAACCACUAGAGGAAGCAAUUCUAGUCAGUGGAGUUUAGCUGUUGUCAACUCAACACAGGAAUUAGCUCCAUCAACAGCACCAGAAAAUAUCCAAAUGUAUCCCCAGCCUGGAAACAUGAAUCAAAUUUAUUUAUCCUGGUCAGAACCUAUGAAACCUAAUGGCGUAAUUGAAAAUUAUUUUAUUUAUAUGUCAAAAACACAAACUCAUGAUAUGAAACUUUGGAAAGUUAUGGUUACAAAUUUACGUAGUGUUAAAAUAAAAAACAUUGAGCCAUAUACAAUCUACUACUUCAAACUUCAAGCAAAGAACAAGGCAGGUUAUGGGCCAUUAAGUGAUCUGAACAUAUUUUACCCUCCAACAGAUAAAAGGCCUCCUCCUUCUAUAACAUCAAUCAAUGAGAACUACAGUAACACCUCAACAACAGUCAAAAUAACUUGGAUUUAUCCAGAAGCUUCAAAGCCCAGUGUUAUUGGUUUUUUAGUGUACUACACUGAUGAUCUUAACAAAAAAGAUUCUGAUUGGCAAGUCCGCAAUGAAAGUGGAUAUGAUCAUUUAAUAACUGACCUUUAUUACAAUACAACCUAUCAUUUCAAGGUCAGAGCAAAGUAUAAUAAUGGAAUUGGCCAGUUUGGUAAUGUUGUUUCCUACACAACACCACCUUAUGCCAAAUUGGUAAAACAAGAAGCUGCUCCAAGAAAAAAUUCAAAAAAAGGCAAGAACCUUGAAAACACUUUGAACUACCCAGAAAGAAAUAAUCAAGUUACCACAGCUA